AGUUCAAGAUGGUGGACAGACUUGUUAACACAGAGGUCAACAACCGGCGAAUUGCUGGUGUUGAAAAAGCCUUUGGCAGCUCUGGACAGCCAUUAUGUGUGCCUGGCAGAGUACUGGUUGGGGAGGGAGUCCUGACCAAGAUGUGCCGGAAAGGUCCCAAACCCCGCCAAUUCUUCCUCAUGAACGAUAUCCUAGUUUAUGGCAAUAUUGUGAUGAACAAGAAAAAGUAUACUAUGCAGCAUAUAAUUGACCUGAUGGAUGUCAAGUUGAAGUCAUUGGAGGAUACAGAUGGUCUGCGGAAUGGUUGGCAGAUUGUCAGUCCUAAGAAGUCAUUUGCCGUCUAUGCUGCUACUGCUACAGAAAAAUCGGAAUGGAUGGCACAUAUAAACAAGUGUGUGCAGGACUUGUUAGCCAAAGGAGGUCAUUCACAAACCAGCGAUGUGUCACCUGUUUGGAUCCCCGAUUCGGAGGCCCCCAAGUGUAUGCUGUGUAAGAAGGUCGCAUUCACAGUCCUCCAGAGAAGGCACCACUGUAGAAAGUGUGGUUUAGUCGUUUGUGGUAUGUGCUCCACCAAGAGACAGUCCCUUCCUAUGCAAUCAACAAAACCACUGAGAGUGUGUGACCAGUGUUAUGACAGUGCUUCAGACGAGUCCAAAAUGAGUGCUAAGUCAGAUGUGACGCAAGGUGAUAGCUCAGACAGCUCAUCGUCGGAGGAUGAGGAAGAAACAAACAAUGGGGCGAUGACAGGCAAUGUGGCUGAUGCUGAAAAGGAUUCAGAGCCAACUUUCUAUGAAGACAAAAAGGAGUGAACACUCUAGCAGCAGACCAGAGUGUUUUAUUUUCAGAGACUUCAACAAAUGAAAGCAACCGAAGAUAGCACCCUCCACUGAAUAUUAUGCAACAAUAAUAUUUAUCCAAUAUGUCCGCAUGAACAUUUUAUUCUGAUGCGGUUAGUGUGAAUAGAAAUCUUCAGUUGAUAGGAACAAUAGAGACGAUUCUUUACUCAGUGUAGAUAUGACCAAUUGGAAUAUGACAAAGAGGACGUUAGUCGUGGAAUAUCAGGAUCGACUGUCAGAUUCAAGAUGCAUGGUGAAUUCAGCUGUUUUAUGUUUUCUUCAGGAGGAUCAUCAUUUUGUGUAUUUCAAUAGACAACCAAUACCUCUUGUUCGUUGUUAGUUUCUAUUCUAAACCACCAAAAAGUACAUUGAUAUGUGAUGUAUAAUAAUCCAAACUGUUGUGAUGCUGACAUCAAAAUCUUUGUGCCCAAAAAGAGGCCUUUACAUUAUAAAUAAUGUGCUUUACAUUUAUAAACCAUUGUACAUUUACGACCAAGGGGUUUUAGAAUUAAGUGCCUGAUCCUCACGACUCCAAUCUUGGAAUAGAUGUAGGUUCUGAUCCUGCUGAGGUGCAUUCCUCGUGCGAUAGUUAUUCUGCUCCCUUGUGAUGAACAAUUUUCUCAUUUCGCUGUGAAUAACCAGGUCACAACAAACCUUAUAAACAUUUGUUUGAAAUACCAAUGCACAAGGACUUCAUGAUGCUGACUAUGAUCCUUGUGUACAUUAAUGUGUAUGGUAUGUAUGGCUCCAACUACUAUCAGUGUGGUAGAAAUAGAAUUUGAUAUUAUUUGAUAAUUCCAAAUGCAUGCGCAUGAUUAAUGAUUACUUCAGUAGAAUUUUGUACGUGUAUAAUCUUGACUUCUUUAUUUACGUUGCAUGAUUGAAUAGUUCCAAGUGAUACUAUUUCAAGAUUAACAGGAAAACAUCACCACUUAUGCCUGGGACUUGCAUUUGUACUUAAGCCUUAUGACAUCCCAUUCCAUUGCUUGUCUUGAUAUCAUUGUCUUGGCAUCUUUCUUGACAGUGACUGAAUGCUGUCUGUGUGUAUUGUCAGUGUUGCAACAAAACAGAAAACCCCUGGUUUUGUUAACUUUCGGAUGUUCCAUGUGUUGCAUUUUAGCCCCUUCACGUGAGUAAUGGCUCCUCUUCCUUUAAAGAUUGGUAGGUGUCAUGAAAAGUAACAUUCAGAAGGGUAGGGAUUAGAUAACAAGAUAAUAACUUGUGGUCUUGCAUACUCAAACAUGUACAUGUACAUCCAUGCUGUCCGAGUUGCUGAUAACGAGGACAAGAUCACGUCUAUGUUUCAAUGUAUAUGUACAUAUGUAUACAUGUAUACAUGUAUGCAAUGUAUGCUUGGAUAAUGGGAGGAGAUUUUGUUAAUGAUACCCACAGAUAUGUGGUGAGUGUACAUGUAAAGUGUACUUAAUAGACCACUCAUCAACCCAUGGACAUGUAUAUAGUAUUAGAUAGUGCGGCUACAUUGACAGCAAGUAGGCCAAUUUGAGAGGAAGCAUCAAUGUACUGUGCAGUGUAUGAUAUUAUAGAAUUAGGUCAUUUCCCUGUACCAUGAGUUCAUCCUUUUACAUGUACAUGUAUGUGUACUAGCAUCCAGGGCAGUUGUUUAUUGGAAUGCUGUGUGUUUUUCAGGCAAAACAAGAUUGAAGUUUUAUUUCAUUUCUAUCUCUGCUGUAUCGAGUCUUCCAUAUUUCCUCUCAAAUAUCAACCCUAAUUUACAGACUUGCUCUCCCAAGUCCUGGUACUAUAGUUCACUCAGCAGUGUAGAGAAAGCUCUUGAAAAUUCUCAGUUUCUUUGGAACUCAAAAAGGUCACUAGAAAAUGGAUAGAACAAUAACCUAGAAUUUAAUGGUCAAAAAUUGCUUUAUCUGUAAAUACAUUUUGUUGUCCUAUUUGAAA